AUGAAAUGUAUCGAAGACGUGGAAACACCUUGCCUAUCUUUUGCCUACAACGUACAGGAUCAAAAAUGUUAUCUGUAUAGCCGUGUACUACUAGAAAACGACUAUGUGAUAUCAAGUGGAAUUGUGACAUAUGUUCCAGUAUUUGAUAAUAUCGAGAAAGACAAACCAACAGCCCAGAGUGACACUUAUCAACAAAAUGACGAGAAAUAUGGUUCACAUAGAGCUAUAGAUGGAGACCCCAACACCUAUAUGUGGACAUAUCGAGAGCAUCCUAUAUGGUGGUGCGUGGACUUAGUCAAGAUACAUUCCAUGCGCUUGAUUCAAAUUAUCAAUAGGAAAAGUCAUUCUGAUCGGAUGGAAGGGUUUCGUUUGAGUUUUGGGAUGACUGGAAACUGUGAUGAAGCUGGUCUCGAUGAUUCUAUUGAGUGUUAUCGUGAUAUUGGUACAGAUCAGCCACAUUACGAUAUAACAAAAUGUACAUCAGCUUGCAUAAACCCCAAAAGGGAAGGAGAAAGAGGAUUUCUAAAAAUAGCACGGACUGCAUAUUAUAUUUAUUCUAACCGGUUACAAGGAGUGGUGUUUUUACGGGAGGAGCCGUGUACUACGGUACUGGAAAACGACUAUGUGAUACCAAGUGGAAUUGUGACAUAUGUUCCAGUAUUUGAUGAUAUCGAGAAAGACAAACCAACAGCCCAGAGUGACACUUAUCAACAAAAUGACGAGAAAUAUGGUUCACAUAGAGCUGUAGAUGGAGACCCCAACACGUUUAUGAGUACAGCUUGCAUAAACCCCAAAAGGGAAGGAGAAAGAGGAUUUCUAAAAAUAGCACGGACUGCAUAUUAUAUUUAUUCUAACCGGUUACAAGGAGUGGUGUUUUUACGGGAGGAGCCGUGUACUACGGUACUGGAAAACGACUAUGUGAUACCAAGUGGAAUUGUGACAUAUGUUCCAGUAUUUGAUGAUAUCGAGAAAGACAAACCAACAGCCCAGAGUGACACUUAUCAACAAAAUGACGAGAAAUAUGGUUCACAUAGAGCUGUAGAUGGAGACCCCAACACGUUUAUGAGUACAGGUCGAGGGACUCCUAUAUGGUGGUGCGUGGACUUACUCAAGAUACAUUCCAUGCGCUUGAUUCAAAUUAUCAAUAGGAAAAGUCAUUCUGAUCAGAUGGAAGGGUUUCGUUUGAGUUUUGGGAUGACUGGAAACUGUGAUGAAGCUGGUCUCGAUGAUUCUAUUGAGUGUUAUCGUGAUAUUGGUACAGAUCAGCUACAUUACGAUAUAACCAAAUGUACAUCAGAUUCAUUGUUUUGUACAAUGAAAUGUCUCAGAGACGUGGAAACAUCUUGCCUAUCUUUUGCCUACAACGCACAGGAUCAAAAAUGUUAUCUGUAUAGCCGUGUACUACUGGAAAACGACUAUGUGAUAUCAAGUGGAAUUGUGGCAUAUUUUCCAGUAUUUGAUGAUAUCGAGAAAAACAAACCAACAGCCCAGAGUGAAAUUUAUCAACAAAAUGACGAGGAAUAUGGUUCACAUAGAGCUAUAGAUGGAGACCCCAACACCUAUAUGUGGUCAAGUCGAGAGCGUCCUAUAUGGUGGUGCGUGGACUUAGUCAAGAUACAUUCCAUGCGCUUGAUUCAAAUUGUCAAUAGGAAAAGUUAUUCUGAUCGGAUGAAAGGGUUUGGUUUGAGUUUUGGGAUGACUGGUAACUGUGAUGAAGCUGGUCUCGAUGAUUCUAGUGAGUGUUAUCGUGAUUUGGGUACAGAUCAGCCACAUUACGAUAUAACCAAAUGUACAUCAGCACCAUUCACACCAACACAUCUUGAUACCUUACCAUCGUGGCCAAACCACGCCCCCAUUCGUCAUACUGCUUUCAGAUUACUAAGACUUUGUACAACCCGUAUAUGGGAUACGAAGACGUAA